AUGUCAUCUAAAAAUAAACGAGUUACUUAUAAACAUCCUAUUGAUGAAAAUACUGAUUAUCUUGUUCCGUUAAAAUCCGAUUAUAAUUUGUCAAUACCAAUUAAAUUAAAAUUAUCUGAAAAUGUUUCAUCUCCACCUCAUCCGCCGGCUUCAAAUGGAUUUUUUACUUCAAUUUAUUUUGUAAUUUCACUUCUUCUUUAUGUUACUAUACCCAUAACACAACUUGUUAUUGGUCUUAUUUAUAUUGGUCAAUGUCCUGUUCAACAAAUGAUUGUUGUUUGGAUGAUUGUUAGUGGUAUUUUUGGUAUUUUAUUAGCAAUUGUUGGUAUAAUUAUUCAUGUAAAAAUUCGUAAACAACAAUUAUCUCUAUCAUCCUAUGAUGAUCAUCAGUCAUAUCCGUUAAUGAUUCGAAUUCUUAUGCCUAUAUUUAUACUUAUUCUUUUAUUUAUUGUUGUUUGGUUUUUUGUUGGACAAGUAUUUAUAUUUGAAGUGAAAUUACGUGUAGAAUUUUCUGACCCAACUUUACCGGAAUAUUGCCAUGGAAAUUUAUAUAAAGCUGCUUAUAUUCUUAUUUUUAUUGAUUAUCUUAUUUUUCUUCUUGUCAUUAUACUUAAUGUACUUAGUUAUGUUGCACCACCAGAUGAAAAUGAUAGUAAUAAUCAUGAAAAAAAAACAUCAAAUGCAUAA